AAUAAAAAGCCUGGUUAUGUUCCUGAAAUUACCCAUUUCAGUCCAGCUCUCUCACAGACUUCACAAGGGAACAGCUUGUUAUACAAAGGGGUUAAAGGAUGGCAUUCUUCCAAAAAUUUCUCCAGAAAAUUAGUGAUGAUGACAGUAGCAAGGGUUUUAAAGGUGCUCCUACGGAGACGGCGUACUUUGGAACAGUCAAGGCUGAUCCAAACUUUAAUGCCCAAAAUGAUGCUGCAAAAUUGAAGAAAGCCAUCGAGACCAAAGGUGUGGAUGAAGCCACUAUUGUGGAGGUUCUAGCAAAGAGGAGCAAUGCACAAAGACAACAGAUCAAAGCAGCUUAUCAGCAGGAUACAGGAAAACCUCUGGUAGAUGCACUGAGAAAAGCUCUCAAGUCAGAUUUUGAGGAGGUGGUUCUGGCCUUGCUGAUGACACCGCCUGAGUAUGAUGCUUUUGAAAUAAAAAGAGCCAUGAAGGGUCUUGGGACAAAAGAAGCUGUCUUAAGUGAAAUUUUAGGGACCAGAUCAAACAAGGAGAUCACAGCGAUGAAAACUAGUUUCAAAGAAGUGUAUGGAGAGCUGCUGGAGGAAGAUCUUAAAAGUGAACUUAGUGGACAUCUCGAAACUGUCUUGCUUGCCCUUUGCAAGGCUACCAGGAGUGAAGACUAUAACAUUGACGAUGGGCUUGCAAAGAGUGAUGCAAAGGCUCUGUUUGAGGCAGGAGAGAAUCGGGUUGGUACUGUUUGCUCUGUCCUGAUUGAUGUCCUCACAUCCAGAAGUGAAGCUCAGCUGUGCAAAAUUUUCAAGUAUUACGGCCAAUACAGCAAGCAGGGUCUAGCCAAAGCUCUGGAGAGUGAGCUUCAUGGAAACCUUGAAGACUGUCUGAUGAUUCUGGUGAAGUCUGCUUGGAACAAACCUGCCUUAUUUGCAGAAAAGCUCCACCUGGCUAUGAAGGGACUGGGAACCAACACUGACACACUAACUAGAAUCAUUGUGAGUCGUUCAGAAAUUGACCUGCUAAAAAUCAUUCAAGAAUACAAAAGGAUGUAUGGCAAAACCCUUCAGGAGGCCAUUCUGAAGGAAACAAGUGGAGAUUAUGAGAAGAUUCUGCUGGCUCUCUGUGGAACUCAAUAAUCAUCUCUUACAUGUCUGGAUUAUGUGAAAAUCUUCUGUAAAUUCAUUACAUUAUAUUCACUACCUAUGUCAGCACCAGUUAAUCUCCCCAUAGUUGACUCAUGAAAAGUGUUACAUUUAAAUAUGGAAAAAAUGUCAGUUGUGCACACUAUAAAUGUUGAAUUUACAAUAUAAUAUUGGCCACAACUUUUUCACAGUAGAACAUAUUGGUGAACAUAUUGGUUUCUUUACCAUGUGACAAAGAAUGUGAGAACUCAGGGCUGGUGACUUGCUUGAUCUGUGUGUCUAUUGUCAUAAUUAAAGAGACAAAUUCCACAAGUUGAUACUAAUAAACUCACAUCUACACCA